AUGGUCAGCCGUUUCGAACACCCUGCUGGAGGCUAUAAAAAAAUCUUUGAGACUGUGGAGGAGCUGAACGAACCUCUGCCAGCAACGGUCACUGGUCGCAUUCCCUCGUUUAUAAAAGGGAGUCUGCUGCGUCUGGGUCCCGGUUUGUUUGAGGUGGACUCUGAGCCUUUCUAUCAUCUUUUCGAUGGCCAGGCCCUCAUGCACAAGUUUGAUUUCAGCAAUGGACAGGUCACAUACGUCCGCAAGUAUGUCAAGACGGACGCUUAUGUGCGAGCUAUGACAGAGAAACGUGUGGUAAUUACUGAGUUCGGCACCUGUGCCUACCCAGAUCCCUGCAAGAAUAUCUUCUCCAGGUUCUUCUCGUACUUCAAGGGUGUUGAGGUCACAGACAACUGUCUGGUCAACGUUUACCCUAUCGGAGAGGAUUUUUAUGCAGUAACAGAAACCAAUUUCAUCACCAAAGUAAAUGUGAAUACUUUGGAAACCUUGAAAAAGGUUGACAUGUGUGACUAUGUCAAUAUUAAUGGGAUAACAGCCCACCCCCAUAUUGAAAGAGAUGGCACAGUGUACAACAUUGGAAACUGCAUGGGGAAAGGAGCCACGCUUGCCUAUAAUAUCGUGAAAAUCCCACCAAUCCAGAAAGACAAAUCUGACCCGAUUGAAAAAUCGAAGGUGGUUGUGCAGUUCCCAAGUGCUGAACGGUUUAAGCCGUCCUAUGUGCACAGUUUUGGAAUGACAGAGAACUACUUUGUUUUCGUGGAGACACCUGUUAAAAUCAAUCUCUUAAAAUUCUUGAGUGCCUGGAGUAUUCGAGGAUCCAACUAUAUGGACUGCUUUGAUUCUGAUGAGGAAAAAGGCACGUGGAUUCAUAUCGCAAGGAAGCAUCCAGGAGAGUACAUCGACUAUAAAUUCAGAACCUCAGCGAUGGGUCUUUUUCAUCACAUCAACUGCUACGAGGAUGCGGGCUUCAUUGUUUUUGAUGUGUGCGCAUGGAAAGGCUUUGAAUUUGUCUACAAUUAUUUGUGGCUGGCAAACCUCCGUGCCAACUGGGAAGAAGUGAAGAGGAAUGCCAUGAUCGCUCCUCAACCGGAAGUGAGGCGAUACGUCAUUCCUCUGGACCCCUACAGGGAGGAGCAGGGCAAAAACCUCAUCUCUCUACCCUACACUACCGCUACUGCCACAAUGCGCGCCGACGGGACCAUUUGGCUCGAGCCAGAGGUGCUUUUCUCUGGUCCUCGCCAAGCUUUCGAGUUUCCUCAGAUCAACUACAAAAUGAACAACGGAAGGAAUUACACAUACGCAUAUGGACUGGGCCUCAACCACUUUAUCCCUGACAGGAUUUGCAAGCUGAACGUGAAGACCAAGGAGACGUGGGUGUGGCAGGAGCCAGACUCGUACCCCUCCGAGCCGCUGUUCGUCCAGACGCCUGACGCGGUGGAUGAGGAUGAUGGUGUUAUAUUGACGGUUGUGGUGGCGCCUGGAGCGCAGAGACCGACAUAUUGCCUGAUCCUAAAUGCCAAGGACCUGUCCGAGGUCGCAAGGGCAGAAGUUGACGUCAUCUCACCAGUUACUUUUCACGGAAUGUACAAACCUUAAAGUGGCCGGACCCACUAAGAACAGAGUGUUCCCAAACCAGAAA